AUGCACGUAGAAAAGCUCUUUUUUCCUGAGUUUUCCUGCGUCACAUCGGGCUCUCAGGAGCUCCCGUACUGGGUCCCGGUGGUGUGGCUCCCCAUCGUCUGCUACUUCUGCUGGCACUGCUACUCCACGCUGGCCCAGGGCGCCACCCGGAUUAUCCUCACCUCAGGCGUGUCCUUCCCCGUGCACCAGUACAUGUUCCCGGUCCUGUUCCUGCUGGGCUGGUUCCUGUGGUCCUUCAUCGAGUACUGCAUCCACCGCUUCGUGUUCCACAUGAAGCCGCCGGCCCACAACUACUACCUCAUCACGCUGCACUUCCUGCUGCACGGCCAGCACCACAAGUCUCCGUUCGACGGCUCCCGGCUGGUUUUCCCGCCCGGCCUGGCCUCCAUCGUGGUGGUGGCGUUCUACCUGGUCCUGCAGAAGACGCUGCCGGAGGUUUUGGGCACGUCGGUGUUCGUGGGGGGGCUCUGCGGCUACGUGGUCUACGACAUGAUCCACUACUACCUGCACUACGGCUCCCCCAAGAGGGGCUCCUACCUGUACAGCCUGAAGGCCUACCACGUCAAGCACCACUUCGAGCACCAGAGAUCAGGCUUUGGGAUCACCAGUACGUUUUGGGACCACCCCUUCAACACCGUCAUCCCGGAUGAGAAGACCAGUUCAGAAAAACCCGCUUUGAGUGAGACGCCGUGGGAGAGAGAAAAGGAGCCUGGAGAUGGGGGAGUGGAGGAGGCAAAUAGGACCCAGGGCUGCAGCUGCCUGAGCAGGGAGGGGCCUGAGAACCAGGCUCCAGCCACACAGCACCACGCCCUGCAGCCUGUGGAGGUUCCUCUGCAUUCCUGCCCCCCCCACCCUCCCCUCCCAGACCACCUCGUGAUGAUCCGGGCGGGAGAGGCGGAGCCCUCAAAGGAUGGGAGGCUGGGCGGCGGCGGCUGGACCCGGGUCAGCUGCCCCUGCUGCCACGCCCAGCGCGUCCAGCCGCUGGUCCUGGUGAAGCUGGGCCCCAAAGUCGGGCCCGAGACCAAGAGGUGGCUCCUCAGGCUGAUCGCCGCCCCGCAGAAGGACGGAGGCGCGGCCCUGCUGGCCCACCCGGGGGAGGACGCGGGCGGGGACCUCCUGGUGCUGUCGGCCCCCCGCUGCACGCUGCUGCGGGCCUGCGAGGAGCUGGGGCUCUGCAGGGCCCACCGGGACGGGGGCAUGGAGGCCUUCUCCCACAGCCACCGGGACGGCUUCAGGGACGCGGACAACAUGGAGGCGUUUCUGACGCUGGCGGAGCGGCAGUUCGUAGUGAAGCACGCGCUGGACGGCAUGCGGGCGAAGACGGAGCUGAAGAUCCCCGGCCUGCCGGACAGCUGCAGGCUGCUGAACCGGGACAGUAUC